AGUAAAUAAUCAAACAAGAGGAAGCAAAUAAGGAAUCGAUAGUAGUAGGGUUUGGCGCUGCUUCUUCUUCCCCAAUACUACUACCACCACAACCUAAUCAAUUUUCUCAAUCAGCCAUCGAUUCUAACUCUAGAUUAAUCUUUUUAAUCCUAAUUAUUAAUUAAUCACCCCUACACAAACACUAAUCAGCUUAGUUAUAAUUAAAUCUCGUAAUAAACACACACUUAGAUGCUUUGAAUCUUCUAAUCUGGCCAUGGCACUUCCUCUCGGGAAGAUCACACUCAUCGUUGGUGCAGGUCUUAUUGGGUCGGUUCUUGCAAAAGAAGGACAGGGGUCAGGUGUCUCAGACUUUUUCUCAGGUGCUCUAAAGCUUGUUUUCAAGCAGCUAAAAAGUGACGAUGUCAAAACAUCAAGGGUCAAAGCACCUAAUGACUCUUUGUUGCAACAGGUUAACAGCCUGCGGCAGGAGCUGCAACUCUUGUCAUCUAAUAGACCUAUCACUAUUGUAACUUCUACUGGUUCAGAUGGUACAAAAUAUGGCGCCAUAGUUGUUGUGCUCGUGGUUGGAUAUGGAUAUGUUUGGUGGAAGGGUUGGAAACUUCCUAAUCUUAUGUUUGCAACGAGACGCAGUUUAUCCGAGGCAACUACUAAGAUAGCUAAAGAGCUUGAGAAUGUUUACUCCUCUAUUGCGUCCACCAAAAGGCAUUUAUCUUCAAAAAUUGAUCGCGUUGAUGCUGGUUUAGAUGAGACUGCAAAACUUACUGAUGCUACAAGGGGGGAGGUAUCUGAACUAAGAGAUGAUCUUAAAGUAGUUGGUGGAGAUGUUCGAUCAGUGCGCCAUGCAGUUCAAACACUGGAAACUAAACUUAGUAGAAUUGAAGGGAAGCAGAAUUAUACAGUAGAAAACGUAGUCAAGCUUGUGGAUUUUGCCUGGACUCUUGAAAAUGGCAGAAAUAAAGAACAGACUCAGGCAAUCCAGUCUACUCCAUCUAGGCCAGCCAUUGAAUUACCAGAAAUGACUGCUCCAUCCAUGAGUGGAUCUUCAACCCCCAAUCUUGCCCUGGAGUUACCCUCUCCUUCAGCUUCUGCUGAGUCUCAAAAGUCCAAGCGACCAUUGCAAACCGCUGUUUCAGGCUCUGGCUUAAAGGAUCUACAUGGAUCUCCCUCAGGGAGUCCUGCAGUUACAAACGGCGUUGAUGUAACAGAAGAAGCAAAUCAGAUUAAUUCAAGUUCCGGUGUUUUUGGGAGGUUGCAUUCGGGUUUCACUAGUGCAUUCAUUUCGAGAACCCGCAGCGCAAUGCCAUCACUCAAGUGACAUUACUAGACCUUUCAUUAUAUAUCAAUAAACUAUAGUGUAAAACUUGCAAAGAAAACCUGGCCCCAUUAUGAAGCUGAGACUGGGUGCUGAAUUUUUGUAGAGCUGCAUGCUGGAUAUGUAUAAAUAUAUUUAUCUAGGGCUGAGAAGCUUUUCAAACAGUCGGAAGUAAUUGUCCAUAUGUAUACACUGAAGGGAAGGGCUGAGUAGAGGGUUCUUUAGGGAGACCCGCUUUUGUCAAUUUAGUAGGCUUUUAUCGUUACUCAUUAGUUAAUCAAUUCUCAGGGCGCUCUCUGUUCUGUUAAGUA